CGCCUCCCCGCACAGAGGUGGGUUUGGUUGAGGUAGUUUGUUUGUGUGGGAGAGAGUCAGUCGGGGCCGCGGAGGGGGGAGCCGGAGCCGGAGCAGAGCCAGCAGGAAUUACUGACGUGAAGGAAGCUGUCAUCUUGUUCCAAGCCAAAACCUUCUGUGCUCACAAGGUCUGGUCAGUGGCUGGUAGGUUUUUGCAUUGGCUGGGGCACAGGCUGCUCUUGGAAUCCAGGCCAUGACCAGCAGAGGAGCUGCCAGGCCAAAUGGUCAGUCACAAGCCAGUAAGAUCUGUCAGUUCAAGCUAGUACUACUGGGUGAAUCAGCAGUAGGAAAAUCCAGCCUGGUGCUGCGUUUUGUCAAGGGACAGUUCCACGAAUACCAAGAGAGCACCAUUGGCGCGGCUUUCCUCACACAGUCUGUCUGUCUAGAUGACACAACAGUAAAAUUUGAAAUCUGGGAUACAGCUGGUCAGGAAAGAUAUCACAGUUUGGCCCCUAUGUAUUAUCGGGGCGCUCAAGCUGCAAUUGUGGUUUAUGACAUAACCAAUCAGGAAACAUUUGCACGAGCAAAAACAUGGGUGAAAGAACUUCAGCGGCAAGCUAGCCCAAACAUUGUUAUAGCCUUAGCGGGAAAUAAGGCUGAUCUUGCCAACAAGCGUAUGGUAGAAUACGAAGAAGCCCAGGCUUAUGCAGAUGACAACAGUCUAUUGUUUAUGGAGACAUCGGCCAAGACAGCAAUGAAUGUUAAUGAUCUCUUCCUGGCAAUAGCUAAGAAGCUGCCAAAGAGUGAGCCCCAGAGCACAGGCAGUGCCAUGGGUCGGAAUCGAGGUGUGGACCUUCAUGAGCAGUCCCAGCAGAACAAGAGCCAGUGUUGUAGCAACUAAGCAGUGGCAUUAAAGCAGCCGGCGAGAGAUAAGAUAUAACCUCCAUUCCCACCCCACUCCACCACACCUCACCUUCAGUAACAGCAUUGGCACACUUGGAAGCCGCCCCCUUUCUUCCUUCUCCAGAGAGCUCCGUUUAACUGCACUUCUAAUGCUUCAGAAACCACAACCAGACGUCUGUUACCACCACCCCAAGGAAAAGUGGAGAUAGACCGAUCGGGGACUUAACUUCCAAAAACAAACUCUUCUUCACUUUGUAUUAUAGGUGCAAAUAGCUACCUACCUACUUGGAUUCCCCUGCUCUGUUUUCUUCCAGAUAAUAUUCCUUUCUCCCUCCAUUCCCUCUCCCCCUAGUCUGUCUUUGCUCUGAUAAAAUCUGUGUUCUUGGUCCUGUAACAUUCACCUUCUCUUCACCUCCACCUCUUUGUUUUAUUCAAUGUGGUGGGGGAGGAUCACAAGUGAGGGGGAACAUAAUUCUUGUAGAUUUAUUUUUAAGAGCAAGGUUAACAAGUUGCCUCAGAAAAUGCGAAAUUUUUGUGGGAGUCCUCUCAGAAUUCAUUUUUUAAAAUUUCAUUUGUUUCCAAUGUUCAGAAAAGCUGCAGUGUCCUUCAUUAUCUUUUUCCAGGGCAGCCUUUUAUGGCUGGGUUGGAGAGGGAAAUUGUAUCUGAACUCUAGCUAGUGUUUUGCUUGCUUUGAUAUCAGUGUGGCCAUAGGACUCAGUGGCACAAGUAGAAGAAUCAUGUAUCUGUGAAUACAGAAUAUGAGGAACAGGUUCUCCAAACCCUUGGAUGGCACUUGUUGGUUGCUUUAGAAGUUUUCUUGGUCAGGUCAGUUGUUGAGGUACAGGAGACUCAUUUGAGGGUCAGUCUUACUGGCACGAGUGGUGUUAUGAAAAGUCUGUUGUGUGUCUUUUUCUGUUAUGUUAACAUUCAGAUGAUUAUGUGUAGGUUGCACUAAAGUUAUCAGAGUCCUUUUAGGCCUAUUCAGUUCUUUGCUUAACAGGUAUGACCAGCAGUCUGAAACAAGAAUGUGCAAGGGUGACUAAGUUCUCUUCAUUUUCUUGGAGUACAGCAGAGGAACCUGUCGCAGUUUCCAUUUUGAUAGGUUAUAUUGGUUCAGCUCUCAUGUGGCAAUAACACACUGUAUGCACAACAGUGUCUGUUUUGUAGAAGGUUGUUCUGAGUUGCCAAAAGGAUAAAUGCCCUUGCAUCCUUAGCAGAGCAUUUGAAAAGCCUUUUCCUGGUGAUUAUUGCAGAUUUUAAAGGUUUUGCACUACGGGGCUGAUGGUGCAAUAGAAUGAGAAACAAGACAGCAUGCUAGAUAAGAGGUGUUAGUAGGAGGACCAGUACUGUACUUUCUAUACCCUUUCCAUGCCAGGGAGCACCCAGCUUGCCUUGACUCUUUCCCAUGCCCUUGUGAAAUCUACUUCUUGUCCUAUAUAACAUUAUUGAGAGGUGGUAGGUGGAGUGAUGGAGCAGCCCCACCUGCCAGACUUCAAGACCCCUCAGUUCAUUUCCCAGAUCCCAAGGGCUGUCUAAACGCAAGAACUGUUUGUAUUAAAUAUACCUAGCCCUUUUACAGUUUACUCUGUAAAUAGUACAGCACAAAUAUGUGUGUAAAAAAAGGCGGGGUAGGGGUUGGGGGGAUUUUUACUCCCUUGCAAUUAGCUAAGCAAAGUAAUAGCUUUUUAAACUUAGUUGUAGAUAGUGCUGAUCUGUAAGGCUAUGCAUGCUACCAUCUUACCUGCAACUUGCUCUUUGAACAGCUAGUAAUGGUCCAGUGUCUUUGGAAGGAGUGAAUCUUAAUCCGAACAGUGGCCUUCACAGGGUCUGUGAUGAAUUCAUCUGACCCCUAUCCCUCCAGCAUUCUUACUGUUUAAAAGCCUCUCACAUGAGUUCAGUUUCUAAAAUGAAAUGACUCAUUGGUGCUGUAAGAUGGUUUACUGUCAAUAUGAGCAUCACUUAUAUGAUCAAUCUUGGUUGUAUUCUGAUCUCUGCUCCCUUUACAUUUCCAGUGUGAACGCUUUUGUAUCAGGGCAUGAAAUGGGCCAUACACACAAACACAUUCUUUCCCAUUGUUUUUCCAAGCACAGUUAUAAGCACUCUUAAUUUUGCACAUAUUUUCACCUGUACUUUCUAUAGGCUUGUGCUUAUUUACCUGUUCCCAUCCAUCAGUAUAAUUUAAAUACUGAUGCCCACCCACUCAGUGCUUGCACUAAGGACUUAAGUGUUGUUUUUAUCCAUCCUUACAUCCAUACAGUUAUACUGCUCAUUCUUACACUGCUGUUGGAAUUUAUUGUGCUGCCUUUGAAAUGGGUGUCUAGUGGUAAGUAUCUAAGAAGAAGCCAGACUUAGCUGUUUCCUCAAAACUUAGGAAGAAUACAUCAAAAUUGAUUUGACUGUAAGUGACAUAUGCUAUAAAUUUCUGCCUCUUGUUACCCUGUGGGUAUAGUGGUAACUCUCCUCCACCUUUGUGCAUGCAAUUUAAGGAGCUGUCAAGGAUGCUGAAGACUAGAUUGUCUUAGGAAGCCCUAGGACUUUCCCAUAUUUGUUUCAAAUUCUAAAACCCACAGCUGUGUCAGGGCUGAGAUCUGUUGGCGGGAGAAUCCGGCAAUGGAGUCUUGAGGCUUCCAUUGUUUUCACUGUAAAGCUUUCUUCACUGAUAGUUCUGUGUACUGCUUUGUGCAUAUAAUUGGUCAUGUUUCCUUAUCUAGGAGAACAUAGGAACAGGUAAUAAGUAUGCCUCCCCCCUGCCAACAAAACUGUGUUGCUGUAUUGACCUCAGCUCAUGACACAGCAAGCAUAAUUUUGUAUUUAAAUGACAACACCCCCCCCCCAUGCUUUUCGUUACUGCACAGAAACUCUUUUCCCCUGUGCUUCCUGGCUAGUUCCUGGACCAAGUGAAGACACUGCAGCUUUUUCUUAAAACAAAUACAUACUUUUUCUUCUGCUUUAUUUCCCUUUUCUGAUCAGGGUUGUUUUUUGUUUGUUUGUUUGUUUUGGGUUUUUUGCGCUUUUGAGAAAGCUCUUACAUUGCAUUUAAAAUAACAAUCAUGGUAACAGAAUUCAACUGCUGAUUUACCGAUGUAUUUAAUGUAAGUAAACAAAAAUCAGUGUAUUAGA